AUGGCGGACGCGACCAAGAACCUGACCGACACGGCCAACAAUGCCACCGGCGGCCGCGACGGCGGACCUGGUGAGACAAUUGGGAAACUAGGCAACACAGCCACCAGCGCUGUGGCACCAAAGAACAAGAACAAGAAGAAGAAAGGUGGCAAUGGCAACAACGAAGAGGAAGACGAAGAGACCACUGAGGGUUUCGGUCUUGACAACGGAUCUGAUGUGAAGGGUAGCUUGAAGGUGCACAUCAAGUUAGACCUAGAAGCAGAUAUCAAGGUCUAUGCGAGGAUCAGGGGAGAUAUCGCGAUCGGUAUCUUGUAA